UAUUUCAUCUCAGUGAAGAGAAAACUAAGAGUUAUGAAGAUUUAGGAACAAUCCCAAUGUCACGUAGCUCUGACGUGAAAACUCAACCCUGGACUAGUUGAAUAGAAACACUGAGAUCCUAGGAUGGAGAAUUGAAAAUAGUAACAAUAACAAGAAUUCUCAGUAUUACUAUUUAUUGAGGUCUUAUAUCAUGCCAGAAACUAAAGACCUGUCAUCUUGUUUAAACCUUAUCACAUUAUUACAUGGAUUUUGCUAUUUGAGGGUCAUCCUAGAAUUAAACCCUUGUUAAUACUAAGGGAAAACUGUAUGAAUGCUUUUUGUAUAUGGACUAACAACACCAGGCACAGGUAAAGGAGCCUCUUCUUGACUUCUUAAUACACUGACACUUCUCUCUCCUCCAGGCAGUGCGGCUGCCAUGCUAGGGAUAAACCAUACUUUCACGGCUGAGUUCAUCCUCAUUGGCUUCUCUGCUUUCCCCCGCCUUCAGCUGAUGUUCUUCCUGCUGUUCCUGCUGAUGUACCUGUUCGCCCUGCUGGGAAACCUGCUCAUCAUGACCACCAUCUGGCGUGAGCGCAGCCUCCACACACCCAUGUACCUCUUCCUGUGUGCCCUCUCCAUCUCUGAGAUCCUCUACACCUUGGCCAUCAUCCCGCGCAUGCUGGCUGACCUGCUCUCCACCCACCACACCAUCACCUUUACUGCGUGUGGCAGCCAAAUGUUCUUCUCAUUCGCAUUUGGCUUCACCCACUCCUUCCUGCUCACUGUCAUGGGCUAUGACCGCUACGUGGCCAUCUGUCAUCCACUGCGCUACAAUGCGCUCAUGAGCCCCCAUGGCUGUGCCUGCCUGGUGGCCUGGUCCUGGAUUGGUGGAUCAGUAAUGGGGAUGGUGGUGACAACGGCAGUUUUCCAUCUCACCUUCUGUGGUCCCAAUGAGAUUCACCAUUUUGCUUGCCAUAUGCCACCCCUGUUGAAGUUGGCCUGUGGCAAGAAUGUAGCAGUGGUGGUCAUGGGUGUGGGCUUGGUGUGUAUCACAGUCCUGCUGGGCUGCUGUCUCCUCAUCCUCCUCUCCUACGCCUUCAUCGUGUCUACCGUCUUGAGGAUCCCAUCAGCUGAGGGUCGGCACAAAGCCUUCUCCACAUGUGCGUCCCACCUCAUGGUGGUGGUUGUGCACUAUGGCUUUGCCUCUGUCAUCUACCUCAAGCCCAAGGGCCCUCAGUCCCUGGAAGGAGACACCUUGAUGGGCACCACCUACACGGUCCUCACACCCUUCCUCAGCCCCAUCAUCUUCAGCCUCAGGAACAAGGAGCUGAAGGUGGCUAUGGAGAAGACCUUCCUCAGCAAACUCUCUCUCCAGAAUUCUUGAAGAGGUCAGAUUUAUGACAAAGAUUGUGUUGGGGACAAGUUCAUUCUUUCCUCUUUCUUUCUCACUGUGUCCUGUGUGUCUGCCUGUCUCUGUCUCUCUGUCUCCAUUUCUGUCUGUCUCUUCCUCUGCCCUUUUCUGCCUCCUUCCUUUCUUCCUUGUUAAUAGGCUACUCGUCACUCUAACUUUUGAGUAUUUAUCAUCUACUUAUUAUGGUCUUUUUUGAAGCUUUAUUGAGAUAUAAUUCACAUGUCAUAUAACUCACCCUUUUAAAGUUUUAUGCAAUAUUCAGCACAGUCAGUUUAGAACAUUUUCAUCACCUGCAAAAGAGACUCUGACCCUUUCAAGGACCAUCGCUGCUCUUCUCUCCAAACCAUGGCAAGCACAAAUAUACUGUCUAUUUCUAUGGGUUUGUGUCUUAUGGAUGUUUUACAGAAAUCUGUCCUUUAGGGUCUGGGUUCUUUCAGCACCAUGUCGUUGAGCUUUAUCCAUGUUGUAACAUGUGUCAGUGAAUGUUUCUUUCCUUCCCAUGGCUGCGUACUAUUCCAUUGAUUGGAUAGGGCCACUCUACGGUGGUUAAUCCACUCCAAACUGGUGGACAUUCGAGCUGCCCUUUGGCUAUCAUGAAAUAUGUCACAUAUGAGUGUUUAUGUGGAUAUGUCUUUGUAUCUUGAUAUAUGUACCUAGGAAUUGAACUGAUGGGUCAUACAGUAACUCUGUUUCAUCACCGAGGGUCUGCCAUAGUUGUUCCAAAGCGACUGCCUCCUGUUGCAUCCCCUUCUGCAGUGUUGGUGCUCUGAUUCCUCCUCAUCCUUGCCAACACUGUUAUUUCGAUUAUAAUCUCCCUAGCAGUAUUUUAUUGUCAAUUUAAUAUAAUUUAAUUCUGUCAUGCUGGGCAUCAAACCCAGGGCCGACACACCCAGGGAAAAUUCUCUAUCCCUGACCUACACCCAAGCCUUGCUGUGGUUUUGAUUUGCAUUUCCUGUACGACUUAUGGUAGAUCUUAGUUUAUCGCAUGAGUUAUUUUACUUUACAAGGAAGAUAGGAUCAUUAGUUCCAUUUUAAAGAUGAGGAAACUGAGUUAUGAAGAGAUGAAGUCAGCCGAAAUCUCUUCCUUGAAGCUGCAAAGCUAGAGUGGAACCUGUUCGUUGAAUUGAGCUGGAGAUCAGAAGCACAUGCUUCUUGGGGGCAAUGAGGACAGAAAGCCAGUCUGCUCCAGAAAGAGGAGAUUUGGACAAGAGACAAACCUGAGCUAGCACGAAUGAAAUCAA